AUGUGAAGUUUGCUACAAAAAUAUUUGUGAAUUAAUUGCAAUUUGACGGAAUCAGCAGAUUUGACAUGAAGGAACUGGAAACCUGUGAACUUCCUGACACAACCAACGUCCUUGAACAAUUAUGGGAUGUUCUGGCAGAUCCUGACUGUGAGCAGCAAGAAGAACGGAAGUUGGUGCUGCUGCAAGCUUUCUUUACUGUGGCAGAGGAGCGAAUCAAGUUGAGAGAUCUGCAACUCGUAACGAAGGUCUUGGACGUCAUUGCAAAGAAGGCCGAGGUGGACUCCAAGUACGAGAGACACGUGAAGAAAAUAUUGGACCUUUUGAACGCCCCAAUCAGAAUGGAAAGAUCCUCAGAUCAAUUGAAUUUUAAUGGUUAUCUAGUGGAACUUUUCACAGCUUUAGGAUACAUUCUGCUUCGAACAGCUAACAAAUCGGUACAACUUCAAAUAUUGGACAUUAUCCUCACUAACUUGUUGACAAAACGUAUCGGUGACUCAGACAUGAUUCCUGUCCCUCAAUGUGUCAAAGCUUUAGAGCUGAGUGAGUUAGCUGAAUGUCUUUCUGACCUAAUUGUGAUAUCCGAGGAUGACGUUUACAGUUUGACAAUAUUUACUACUUUACAAGUAAGUAUGAUGUCGAAACUUAUCUGUUGGACUCUACUAAGGAAGGAGGUUCUCGAGUCUCUUUUGGUGGGAUUAAUGCAAAUUGGCAAUGACGAUGUAGCAGGGAAUGUGUAUGAUCUUCUCUGGACAUUGCUGACUUGUACCGAAUGCGUAGAAGAUUGGCAAAAGAUUCCUCAGCCUUCCAAAAUAGCGUUGAAAAGUUUGAGGUCUGUUUUACGGGAACAAAUUUUAACUCAUUGCCACCCAGGUAAAAACAGAGAACUGCUACACAAUACUGCAGCACUCACCCUCAAAAUUAUUAAUUUGUUCCCAUCAGCUGACUAUGUUCUAUCUGGGUUGAUAGAAGACAUCACAAUUGCAGCCACUUUGAGUGAAUCUGUGAUUGAAAUGCACAUAGUUCCUUUCUUUAAAUGUAAAGAGGAUCAUGUUCACUUCAAGAAGCUGAUGCUAGCGUGUUUGGCUGCAGCUCCUGUGAAUGCUAUGAGUGUAGGGAUAUUCGAAAGGUACAAGCUAGCGGAGUGUUUGGUCUCCAUGCUGCGUCUUGACUGUUGUCGAAGUGGGUUGUCCUGGUUGUCAAACUCAGCGUUGUCUCUGGGUUCAGACAAAUCAUCAAUGUCGUACAACUCCAAUUUAGUUUGGUUUAAUAUUGAUAAAGAGCAAAGUAUCGACCUUUUCAAAUCUGCUGUUCCUGUAGUAUGUGCUCUCUAUGAGGCUCUCCACAAGAGAUUCAUGAGAGCUGGGUUGAUUAAUACGUUGACAACGUUUUUAUCUGUUCAUUAUUUACAGGAUAAGAAUCAUAUAGAUGAGCUGUUUUGGAUGGUGAUAAGAACUAUCUUUUAUACCUGCUUUAGUAAACCAAACCAAACAUUAGUCAGAAAAGAGUUUGUGAAAGCUGGAGCCGUUCAUAUUCUAUUGGGCUCUUGCAAUAUCUUGCUGGUCCCAAUUAAUCCAUUGACGAUACGAGCUCAAUCCAUUCUAUGUAAAAUUUUACACGUUUUAAGCGCUUUGAUGGAAGGCCAACCAGAAUUGCAAUUGAAUAACCAAUCGAAGUCGAUGCAGAUAGUAAAAUCUCUAUAUCAUAGAAUUACCAACCCGCCACCCAUAGAUUCCGUACUUGAUAAUAGACUUAUUGUAGCAAUAUCGAAUUUCGCUUGGGUUUCUUUGAUAAAACAUGAAGACAAUAUGUCAAAAUUCAUAGACUCCAGCGAAAUGUAUUCUCAUUUGGAUAUUCUAGAAAGAAGUAACUCACCUACCCAAUCAGUGUAUUUAUCAGUAUUAGCAGAUAUAGCCGAAAGCCACAAAGCUGUGCCCUAUUUAGUGUCAUGGAGGGGUAGAAAGGGUGUUAAAUUCCUCUCACUUCUUUGUCAAAUAUGGCGCGAAGAAGAGAUGCGUCUGAAAGUCCCGAGAAGUGAGCAAGGCUGCAUCACCGACAUUGAAAGACCACUCAUGGGGGAGGAUCAGUACAGACUGAGCAAAGCGAAAUCAAAGUACGCCGCUGUCUGCGAUAUGUUUGGAAGUUGCCGUCCAAAGAUUUAUGCUUUGGUCCAACUUUUACACAGGCACGAGCAAGUUGUAAGUAUCUGCGAGGAUCACUACAGACUUGGCCACGACAUUCUCCCGUGGGAAGACCAAGUUACGAUGCAAGUAAUAGAAUCAUAUCUCCCUUUGAAGCUCGGGGAGGUUUGGUGGGAGAUAUUCCACAACCAAGAAGACUUUGUUCCUCUGGACCGGUAUCUGGCACAAACUCUUGCAGAUAGGUACUUGAACUGGUCUCUCAAUGUGCAGAAAUCGCAGCAUGGUGUGUUGAAGCAGCGUUGCGAACAUUUGGAAAAGGAGGAGCAGCAAUACUACUCGAAGGUGCGGUCUGUACGCCUUGCCGACACUCUGGAGUGUCUACGGCAAGUGACUUCCAUUGCCAGGACAGCCGACCGUCAAAUGUUUCUGGCCACCCAACAGGAACUACGCGAGUGUGUGGAGCAUUCCAGACCCGAGCUCCCUCAGGACUUUCACGUGGCCUUCCCGCAGGACGUCCGAGUCCUGGUGGUCGACCCUCGGGCGGAAGUUGUACUGCACGAGUCUGUCUGACUUAACAUGAAUAAAAA